GAAAUUGUUUAACUUUCUUUUAGUCACAAAUUAAAGGAACAUCUCUAUCCUAUCUGGGAUCCCUUUAACAGCCCUUCACCAUUUUGACGGAAGCAAAGACAAGACAAUGGCUCAAACUUUUUUCAACUUUCAGGUUUCUUCGCCGUCUUUCCCAAUCUCUAAACCCAUAAUUAAUCACUCUCAUUCCCUCAAGAACUUGAAGAAUCCGAGCUUAAACUCGCGAAGGCGCCUCCUGACUAAUCGAAUCCGAUGCUCAGCUUCAUCCGACGGUGUAAGCAACACCUUAAGAACUUGCAAGAAUUGCAAAACCCAAUUCGAUCCCAUACUCAACCAUCCACGAGCUUGUACAUUUCACACUGCUCAUUUCGGAGGAGAGACGAAAAGGAAGUUCGAGAGUGUAUACACUGGCGGGACGAUGGACACACCAAACUCUGGGAAAGUUUUACAGUAUUGGCAUUGUUGUGGUUCUGAAGAUCCCUUUGAUCCUGGUUGUACUGCUUCCCCUCACUCUACAUAUGACGAUUGAUGCUAUUUUUCUUUUGUUAAUGUAAUCUUAAAAGAAUGUAAUGAAUUUAAUAUGAAGGAAAAGAAUAUUCUUUAGUUUUUAA